CACUUAAAAGAAAAGCUAAAAUCUUAAGAUAUACAUCACGAUUAUAGCUAAACGGGUCGUUGACCAUCUAAUGUGAAUCUGUUUAAGGACUUUUUUAGAGAAAUGCGGUAACAACAAUAGUUAAAACUUGUCUAUUGAUUAAAAAUAUUUAUAUUGAAAAGUUAUGGACUUUUUAAUUUUUAGCAUUUAAUUUGAAAAAAGCUUAAUAAAAAAUGUUUGAAACUCCUAACACGCCUAUUUCUAGCAUAUCCAUGAAAAUACCAAAUUGACUCACAAAAUUGUUUGAACUCGCAACCAAAGAUUCUACUUGAGCAAAUAAAAUUAACUCUUCCGCAUUGAAAAAGCAACUGCAUAAAGACUUACUUCCAAAUCACCAACCGAAGUCGUCUUUAUAUGGAAAUCAGUUUUUAGUGGGUCUCACACAAGGUGAAUUAUCACCCACUUUUUAACAUCCAUUCAACAUAAAAUUUUAUUACUGGCAAUCCAAUAAAAUUAUAAUCAUUAAAAAUUCUGAACUUCUUGUGGUUCCUUUUUGUAUAGGAAAAACAAGAACCGUUAGUGAAUCUCAUAAUUUACUUCAUUUUUGCAGUGGUUCAAAACAGUUUUAGUAAUUAUUUUCUUUAUUUUAAAAUAAAAUUUUAUUUUAUUUAAAUAAUAUGUAAUACGUACCAAUUUAAAUUUAAAAUGAUUUCAGUCAUAUAAAUGUCUACAAAUAUUAAGUUUUUAUAAAAAAAAAAUAUGAAUGCAUAUGAUCUAUAAAGUUAUUCAAACUGAAAUUUAACUUUUAGUUUAUAUUUUUUUUAAACAAUUAGUUCUUUAUAUGAAUUUGGUCCAGUUGGAUGGAUUCAAAAAUCAAUUAUUGAUUUGGAUUGUCAACCCAUUUAAUUUUGAAGAUCUUACUGUAUAUUUAGAUAUUUGAACUAUUUAAAUACUUUUUAUGAGAUAAUUAAUUAUUGAAUAUUUUUCACUAAAUUUAAAUUAUAUCAUAUAUUUAUUCUAAUUUAAUCUUUUCAGUUUUGCAUUUUUAUUUUUCAUUUUUUUGUUUGAUUAUGUAUUAAACAUUGAUUGUGGAUUUUCACCAUUUUUAUAAGAUUCAAUUUUUAUAAGAUUUGAUUCGAAACCUAAUUAAAAAUGAAAACACUUAAAAGAAAAGCUAAAAUCCUAAGAUAUGCUUUAUCACAAUUAUAGCUAAACGGGUUGUUGGACACAUAAUGUUAAUCUGUUUAAAGACUUUUUAGAGAGAUGUGGGAUAACUAUAGAUAAAAGUUGUCUAUUGACUAAAAAUAUGAGAGAAUUGGCAAAAUGUGACACUCUCAACUUUUAUUUGUCCCACCAAGACUUUUGAUUUUUAGGCCAUUUUUGGACAUGUUUUACCUUUUUGUAGUUGAAAAUUAGUAUUUUAAAUUUUAAAUUUUUCAAAAAAUUUGAAAACUAUUGGAAACAUAAGUAAGAGUGUACGUAUAUUUUUUAAAAAUAAAAUAAUAUAUGUAACCAUAUUUAUUUUAUGUCCCACCUAAGCAUAUAAUAUUCAUUUUGGCAGUUUACUUAGUUUAGAACUAGAAUACAAACUACUCAUGCUAGAAUUUGUUUUGUUUCAUUAUAGCCAGAUAACAGUGGUUUUCAUCUACCUAGAAUAUGUGUUGUAAAGUUUACUCUAUAGCCAAACUUAGCUUAUUUAUGUUUCAUAACCUAUUCUAGCUAUAACUUGCGGUCUGCUUGAGAAAAAAAAUAUCCCACCUAUUAGUCAUCGUUCUAGUCUACAUAGUUUAUGUAUUCUACCUAAAUGACAAAAAAUGGAAGUUACCAUAUUUCGAUUAUUUUCUUUCCCAAAUCUACUCUAAAUCUAUAGGAAAUCUCGAACAAUAUCUUCUCUCCCACGUUUUUCUCUCCCACAUUUUUCUCUCUUUUUCUUCUCUGUUUAUCUUUCUUCUUCAUCCAUCUCAAUAUAUUUUCUCUCUAUCCACAAAAAUAUGGUUCUUAUCUAUGUUAAAUCGGGUGUAUAGAUUCUCGUUGCAAUGAUCAAUGGAUUUUCGUGGUUUUCAUGGAAAGGUAUGGUCGAAUCUUUUGCAUGAAAUAUUUACUCUCAUAAUAUCAGUACUCAUUUGUGUAAUAGCUGAUGUAAAAGAGCAAUGGUGAUAGGUUGCUUUGGGUACUAAAGUUAUAAAAGUAUGAAAAUUGAUCUGAAAGGCAUGCUUAAAUCAAACAUGGAUCAGAAUCUAGCCUUAGAGAACGCGUCAGAUAUAUUAUAUACAAGAAACAUCACAAGUGUUUUUGAAAGACAGCAGUGAGGAUAAUAAACCAAGACAAGUAAAACGAAAGCACACAGAAAAUAAACAGAAUAUCACUAUUUUAUAUGUUACUGAUUCCACAGCUAUUCAUAGUUAGACCAUAGCAGCAUCUUUCUCCGCACAUGAUUCAGCUCUUGCAUUGUCAGAAUCCAAAACUUCCUUUGAAGCACUGAUGAAAAUUUAAUUAGUGAUGUAAUGCUUACGACAAACGGGCAAGUAGACAUCAGCUCCACCGAUCAGUUUAGUUCUGAUGUCACAAGUCUUCCUCAGAGUGAAGAAACCUUUCUGCCCACGAACCUCACACCUCGCAGUAACACCUUAAAUAGUCACCAUCAAGGUCUGCAACAGUAACAUUUCUUCCAUUAACAUCAGCGACUUUGCAGCAAAACUCGUAAUGAUCUCCAAAGAACUGAGCUUCGUAAGGGCAUCUCCAAUGGGACAUAAAAAAUUUCCUCUAUAUUUCAUACUAUAAAGGGCAUAUGUAGUUAAUCCCCUCUAUUGUGAGCUACAUUCUGAGUGAUCAAGAGAAGGAUUAUUCGAAGUUCUUGAUUCCUUGUAUAGAGAGAAAGAAGAUAGUGAAACACUGGUUAAUCACCAGUCAAAACGUAGGGUUUUUACUCAAUUCAUGAGGGCCUGAACUCGUAUAAAUCUAUGUGUAUUGUUUUGUGUUCUUUACUUGAUUCGAGAGGUGUGAGCUGAGUGAUUAUGUGUUCGAGCUGAUUGAUCCUAACAAAGUGGUAUCAAAGCACGGUUGAAGCUCGAUGAGUAAUUCGAUGGCGAAAAUCGAAGUUGCGAUCUUUGACGGACAAGACGAUUUCUCGAUGUGGAAGAAGAAGAUGUUGGCUCACCUAUCGAUCGUGGGAUUGAAGGAUGCUCUUGAGGAAUCAAUCCCAGAUCCGAAGCCGAUUAAGAAAGAAGAAGAUCCAGACGCGUAUCAAGAAAGAUUGAAGGAAGAUGAAGUCAAAAGACCGGAGCAAGCUGAUAUCAUUUAAAUAUCUUCAAUAUUUAAUUAUUUCAAUCAGUUUAGCAUUAUUUCAUUAUCAUAUUUUAAUAAAAUAAAUCAGAUAAUCAUUUAUAAAUUUUAUGUACAUGUUAAAAAAUUGUUUGCAUAAAACUGUUUGUACUGUGAUGCAUAAAUUUGUUGUUUUGGAGUUUAAUGGUAAACUAGUAAUUUAGAUAUUUGGAGAAAUUCAAAACCUAUGUAAAUAGUUUGAGUUAUUUCUGAUUUCUUAACUGGGCUAAGUUUUUUUAUAAUUAAAAUUUUUUAAUAUAUAAAGAUUUUAAAACAUACAUUGGCUUUAAAAUUCAAGUUAUAUUGAUUUUUAAGUUGGCUAAAUUAUGUUUAACCUUGCUAAAUAGAUUUAAUUUAUUUUCUUCUUUCAUACUUUAUCUAUUUUUAUGGGUGCAAUUUAUAUAUUAUUAUGGGUGCACAUAAAUAUUUUGGUAUAAAAUACAUUAAUUAUUUACAAGAUUAUGGGUGCACAGGCACCCUCUUCCCGCGCCAUAGCUUCGACCAUGUCAGUGGCGGAUCUAGAAACUCUUUUAACCAGGGGCAUAAUAUUAUAAAUAUAUUCAUAAUUCAAAUACUAAUUUAUAUAUAAUGCUAUGUAUUAGCUAAAUAAUAACUACAUUUUUAUUUUAAACAACUAUAUUAUAUUUUUUUGGUAAUCCUCUUUUGUUCACAAGAAAUAACUUAGUUGUUCUAGAAUUGUUUUCAACAGACUAGUAUAAAAGAAAUGAAUGAAGGUAUGAACUAGUUUCAAAGAAAAAGAAACAAAAAGAAAAUCAUGCAUAACAAAAUAAAUGCACAAAAACCAAAUUACAUGGAAAUGAUGUUUUUUUUGCGACAAAAUGAUGUUUCUUCUAAUGGGAUCCGCAGACAAUAAUAUAGGACAAAAUAAUAAUAGUAUGUUAAAAGAUUCAGUUACGGGGUAUUGAACCCUUCACACAAGCAAAAAACGUUGAUACACUAACACUACUGAGAUAUAGGAGCAAAACAUGACAGCUGUAAUGUAAACACAAAUUUUAUAUAAUCAGUUAGGGGAACAUGACCCCGUACCCAUCAAAGUGGGUCCGCCCAUGCAUAGGAUAGGUCAGUCCAGUAGCGGAUCUAUAAACUUUUUUAGCCGGAGGCACAAUAUUAUAAAUAUAUUCAUAAUUCAAAUACUAAUUUAUAUAUAAUGCUAUGUAUUAGCUAAAUAAUAACUACAUUUUUAUUUUAAACAACUAUAUUAUAUUUUUCUGUUAAUCCUUUUUUGUUCACAAGAAAUAACGUAGUUGUUUAGAAUUUUUUUUAACAGACUCUAGUAUAAAAAAAUGAAUGAAGGUAUGAACUAGUUUCAAAGAAAAAAGAAACAAAAAGAAAAUCAUGCAUAACAUAAUAAAUGCACAAAAAAAAAUUACAUGGAAAUGAUGUUUAUUUUUUUUUUUGCGAAAAAAUGAUGUUUCUUUUAAUGGUAUCGGCAGACAAUAAUAUAGGACGAAACAAUAUGGUAUGUUAAAAGCUUCAGCUAUGGGGUAUUGAACCCUUCACACAAGCCAAAAACGUGGAUACACUAACACCACUGAAAUAUAGGAGCAGAACAUGAUAGUUGUAAACACAAAUUUUAUAUAAUCAGUCGGGGGUGACCCCGUACCCAUCAAGGUGGGUCCAUCCCUGGGUCAAUCCAAAUCAUUUCGGACGGGACAGAUCAUAGUUACGUCCAAAUAGAAAGUGGUUUAAAUGGGUUAAAGACCAACUUCGCAGUAAAAAUACGGACAUCAACCAUGCGGCAAAUACUUUAGAUUUUGGUUGAAUUAAUUUGCGGGAAAGGUGGACUUUUUCUUCUUUUCUCUUUCUUUUCUACGCGGAAACACACAAUUUUACAUUUAGGUAAUUUAUUAUUUUACGAUUUUUGUGAAAUUUGUUUUGGAAGAUUAUGAACAUUUCUAGUAUCAACCUUAAAAAUUUCAAAUAUGAGAUUUUGUUUACUCUAAAAUCACCGCAGAUCAUCUAUACAUAUAUGUUUGAGAUUGUUUUAGUCUCUAUAUUUAUGUGUAUUUUAAAUAACUAGGUUAACAUUUAUAUUUUCCUUUUAAUUUACGGUCUAAUAUAAAUUAAAAGUAAUAGAUUCAAUAUGUUUUAGCUAGAACAUAUAUAUAAUUAACAAAGAGAUUCAUAUUUACAUUAUAAAUAGUUAUAUUAAGUAUAUUUGAUAUCUUGCAUAACUUAUGUUUCUAUUUGUUUUUAAUUAUCAGUUAUUACAAUAUAGCUUUUGAUACUGUUUGUAAUAUUUUUAAUGUAUGCUUUAUUAUUUAUAAGAGUUUGUAACUCUUACUAACUUGAAUCAAUAUUGAUGACUAUAAUGUAAAUGUUUUUUUAAAGUCAGAGUUAAAGUUUUAUUAUUGAGGAAAAACUUCUUUAAACUUCACAUUUAAAGUUUAAUAAGCUUUAUAUAAAACUACUUUGUAAGAUGCUCUUACCACAAAAGAAAAAAAAUAACGAUUUGGGUACAGCAUACAAUUCUAGUGUUUGAAUGUUAAAUGGAAACAAAAUGCAAUUUUAUAGUGUUGGUUGGCGGUAAACACUAUUUUAUGGUUUUGUAGAAAACAUUAUUUGGAUUUCGUAGAAAAACAUUAUUUUGCAAAUCAACGCAAUGUGUACCCUAAUUUUACAAUGGAUUCUCUCAUCAAUGCAAAUUCGAAAACAUGGAAUUUACAGACAAUUCGGUUUGCAGAGGAUUUUCAAACACUGCCAGAGUAUGGACACACAGACUCUCCCCUGAAGGCUUUUUGUUGGAAAGUAUGUUGUCCAACUUAAAUAAAACACAUUCUCUGGCAAAUGGAAUCAGAAUGUAUAGCGGUUAAGAAAAUUUUGAGAGCGAGAGGAAUUCAAGGUGAUACACUUUGCGCCAGAUGUGGAGCACCUGAGGAGUCUAUAUAUCAUGUCUUUUUGAAUGACCACUGGCGGUUCAAGUUUGGACACUCUCACGGAUCCCAUCAAAUCUAGAUAUGUUUCCUACUCAGUCUCUUUUCGCAAACAUGGAUCAUAUGUUCGGAGAGUUUUUCCGCAUACGGAAUAUCAUCUAUUUGCAUGGAUUUUAUAGUGCAUAUGAAAAAAAUAGAACAAUAAAGUUUUUAGCAAUAUGGAUGCUGAUCCUGGAAAUACUCUCAAAUUGGCUGAAACAUAAUCAUUGCUUUGGACUGAGGAACAUGUUUUCCUUACACAAAGGACUGACCAUAAUAGAUCGGUAGAGGUGGCAACUUUACCGGCUAUACUAGGCUGAUGGUGUUUUACGAAUAGAUCAUGGAAAGAUAUUGAAAGUUACUCGGGACAAGGAUGGUAUAAUACAUUGGAAAGUUUUGAUGGAUUAAUGGGGGGUAAAGAACACUAGGGCCAGUCAAUCACCACUCCACUCGGAAAUAGAGUCACUCAUUUGGACAAUGGAAUAUAUGAAGAAUUUACAUCAAUUUAAUGUAACAUUUGCAACAGAGUGCUCUCAAUUAAUAAAGAUGGUUUCAAAACCAGAAGAAUGACCAGGCUUUGCAAGUUAUUUGGACGAUAUCUAGAUCCUGAAAGAAAGUUACCGCAGCUCAUAGCUCAUUCAUAUACUCUGGACGCAUAAUUCAAGACAGACAGUCUCGCACAAAAUUCCAGCAAGCAACUGUCGUUUGUCGUCCAUAUGGAUACUACCAUUUUGGUCUGAGAGUUUUUGUGAGUUAUUUUAAGUUGAUGACAGAAAAACAUUAUUAUUAUGCAGUCUGACUGAAAAACAUAAUAUGUGAUAUUAACAUAAAACAUGAUUUUCAGUUUUAACAUACAAUUAUUUCGCGUAUUGACAUAAACAUAUAUUUUGCUGAAAUUUAAGAUGAGGUUAAAUUGAGCUCUCCAUGAAAAAAAACAUAUGAAUAAGGUUUUCAUUGGGCACAGUCACUUUUAAGACUAUCCUUUAUGGACUGACCAAAUACAACCUAUAAGAACAAAUGGUCUGUGUCCAAUUGGGAACAUACGCGCGGCACACCAUUUUGAUAGAUCUAGUAUUUUAACUUUUUGAGUUGAUAACACUAGGCAGGGUCUUGUUUCUGUUUGAGUAUUGCUUCUGGAGAUACAUCACUCUACUUGAAAGCAUGCAACCUAAUUACUAAUAGGAGUUGACGAAUGUGUAUUAAGUACUGAUUUAUGCUCUUAUUAUCCUGCAAAUGUUUGGUUUUGAUUAAGUUCAGGUUGGACACAGUAGGGUUGGAUUAAAGAAUUUCCCUAUGACAAAUGUACUGGUGAUCUGGUUGAAAGCCUCCAUGUCGAAGCAGAGGGUCGGUUUAAUAAUUUUAUGAGCUCUAGAGCAAAAAAUUGUUAGACAUUUAAAAGUAACAUUUACUAAACAAAAUUAAUAAUAAUUUUAAAGAUUAUUACAAAUAAUACUUUUCUAAAAUAUUUUUUCAGAUCUUUUUAUUAAUUUUGUAUCAAGUAAUAUAUUUAAAAAUACAAACCUUCAACUAUUAAGAAAAGGAGGCAUAGGAGCACACAAGGUGGAUCCGGAGCGACCACACCGCUUGUACCCCAUUAAACAAAAUUAGUUUAGACACAAAGGCAUACGAUGCAACUUUCGAUGAUCCACGGCUAAAAAUUACCCAUAACUUUUUAUAAUUGAUUUUAUUUUUUUACCAUAAAAAGAUUUUUUGACCAGAAAAAAAUUCUAAUUUAGUUAUAAUGUUAAUUUUUGAAAAUUUGUUUGUUUAUACAUCAAGUUUUUUUUCUUCUUCUCUGCUACACAAAAUUCUCUUUUCUCUAAUAAACAUAAUUCUCUUUUGUUCUUCUCUGGUACUCUCUCUUUUAAACAUUUGUCUCACUAUUAUUAAUUUGUUUUCUUUUACAUUUUGUCCCAAGGCCUAUGAAUUGGUCAAGCCGUGGGUGAUGCUUAACUAAUAACUACCAAGCAUGAAUUUGAGGCAGAUCUUGAAAGCCUUGUUAUGCAUGAGCUAAGGGAAAAUGUUGGAUGUUGUUGCUCAGCUGGAAGAAGAACUAGAGUUACAGAGUAGAUAGACCUGACACGUGCGUAUUUAUGUAUUUGCUCAGGUUUGGUUUUAUGGGCUUUGAAUAGUUUGAGUAUGGUUCCUUAAGACUCAUUUGUGUAUUUAUAAGAAUUUGUAUUUAUGUAUUUCACACUUCUUUUAUGUUUUGGUUAAGUAUGUGUUAAGAACCGGUAAAUACCCAAAACCUUAUUGGAUUUGAUUUGGUUUCAUUAUUUUAUAUCCAAACUAUCUAAAAUUACUGAAUUCAUUCCAAAAACAUAAGAAGUAAACCGGACUAUACAGUUAACCGAAAUACUCAAAACAAAUUAAAAUUUUAGUUCAAUUUUACAAAAAGUUUGUUUGCGUUUUUCAAUAAAAAAUCAAAAAAAAAAAAAUUCAGUUUUUCUUGGGGGUUUUUGGUUAAAAUAUUUAAUUAUUUUGGAAUUGUAAAUUGAUAUUUUGGUCAUUUUAAAUUUAAAUAACUAAUGUCUUUAGUCGGAAUUGUCUGACUAAAAACAAAACAAAAAAAAGGGGGGUAAAAACAAAAAACAGAAGUCAUUGAGCGUGGAUACGAUAAAAGCACGGUCAUGCUCCGUGGAUGCGGAACGUUCCCUCCUCUUUCCUCAAUUUUCAGCGCCAACGUCAAAGUUUUGGCGGCCGAUCAAAAAUAUUUUGAAAUUUUGAAGAUUUUAACCCCCAAAAUUAAAAAAAAAAUUCUAAACAUUUCAUUACCAGAGAAAGAAGAAGAAGAAGAACAAAUAUACCUCCUCCCCGCAGAUCUUUAUCUUCCUCUCUCUCUCUCUCCAUCUUUGCUUGAUUUGAUUUACUUCACUCUAAUUCGAACCUCAAAAAAAUUACACAGAAGAAAUAGAAUCUGAGGUACAUUUUGGCUGCGGUUUCUGCUAUCUCUCAUCUCAAUCCUAUUCUGGGAAUAAUGGUGAGGAUGGAGAAAGUAGAAUCGUUUUACGGCAAGCUUCGCGAAUCGGCCACUUGCUCGUCUUCCCAGAACCCUCUCCUCAUAUUCCCUUCAUCCUCCGACGUCGAUUCCAUCUGCGCCCUCAAGGUCAUCACUCACAUCCUCGAAUCCGAUUCGGUUCCCUACUCCUGUUUCCCUGUCUCCUCGUUUCUCGAGAUCCACAACUACGCUCCUCCUGCGGAAGGCCCCGUCACCAUACUCUUGAUUAACUGGGGCUGCCACCGUGAUCUGAAGCUUGUGCUCAAGCUAGCUCCCGCUGCUCGUGUCUUUGUGGUGGAUAGUCACCGCCCUAUUCAUUUGCAUAAUCUCAGCGACGAGAAUCAGCAGGUUGUUGUUCUCCACACUGAUGAUGAUGAGAGGCAAGCGGAUCUCGCCUACGAUUUCGAUGUCUUGAAAUUGGCCAACGAGAGCUUUCAGAUGCAUCAAGAAAGCGGUGUUGAUGAAUCUGAUGACGAAGAAAGUGAUGAUGAUGAAGAAGAGAGUGAGGAUGAUAGGCCAAGUAAGAGGAGGAAAAUGGGUGUGAAGCUUCUCAAGAAGCUGAAGAGGGAUUAUUACAAGAUGGGGACUUUCCACGGGAAGCCAUCUGGUUGCUUGUUGUUCGAGCUCUCUCACCUGUUGAGGAAGAACACCAACGAGUUGCUCUGGCUCGCUUGCGUUUCCUUGACUGAUCAGUUCGUUCACGAGAGGUUAACCGACGAGAGAUACCAAGCUGCGGUUAUGGAGCUUGAGCAGCACAUCAAUAGCUCCGGGAACAUAGACAAGAUCACUUCCGUUACUCUCAAGGACGGAACCAAGGUCCGAGCGCCUGACUGUUCGAGGAUCUCUUACGAAGAAGAGCCUAGGCUUAUGCUGCUGAGAGAGUGGAAUCUGUUUGACUCCAUGCUUUGCUCCUCCUACAUCGCUACUAAACUCAAGACCUGGAGUGAUAACGGGAUCAAGAAACUUAAGCUUCUUCUAGCGCGUAUGGGUUUUGCGCUUAUCGAGUGCCAGCAGAAGUUUCCGUACAUGAACAACGAGGUGAAGAGGAAGAUGAAGCAAGAGUUUGAUCGUUUUUUGCCCGAGUAUGGCCUUAAUGAUUUCUACUACAGGAGUUUCUUGCGUCUUCAUGGAUACAGCUCACGGGUCUCUGCAGCUGAUGUUGUCUACGGUAUUACUGCGCUUCUUGAAUCGUUUCUUGGUUCAGGUGGCUCCUCUGCUUCUAAACAGUUUGGAGAAGCUUAUGAUGCUUUGUCAUUGAACAAUCUGGAUAAGCUUCGUUCUGGUAUGCAACAAGCUAUCAAGGUACAAAGAGCAAUUCUUAGGCAAGGAAGUGCAGCAAUCACCAAAACAGGAUGCAUCCGAAGUGGAAGGAAGUUCAGAUGGGUGAAGGUUGAGGAUUCCAUUGAUGCUAAGUACUUGGGAUAUCCUCAGGCCUUGACCAAGUUCUGCUACUUUCUAAUGGAUGCUCUGAGAGAGAAAGGAGCUAGGAUGAAGCCGAUGCUAUGUGCCUGCGCAUCUCAACAACCAGGGAAGAUACUUGUGGUUGGAGUUUGUGGGAAGCCGAGGCUUGGUGCAGUAAGAGGGAAUGCGUUUGGUAAUGCUUUCAGAAAAGCAGCUCAAGAGAGUAGAGCUGAUUACUUUCACGAGCUUUUCGAGUCCUCAUGGAUCGUCUUGGAUGCUUCUGCGGUUAACUCUUUCAUGAUUAGAUUAACUGAAAAGCUUUGACAUAGAGCUCUCAAAGGUAUCUUUUUGUUAUUCUACUCAAAUUGUGUGUUUUUCAUUUUCUAGUUUUCAGUUCUUUUUUAUCUCACAUUGUUUGGAAUUUUACAAGCCUUUAUAAUAGGCAAGAAUCCGUUAUCAAUCAUGUAACUUGUUUAAUCAAAUAACAAUAGAGCAUUAUGUG